GCCGCGGGAGGUCCGGACAGUGGCGGCCAUGGGACUUGAGGCCCUGUCCGAGCCCCGUCUAAGGAUCCCCGGGAGCUUCUACUAAUAACGGAGUUAACUGGCCCAUGAUUGAGAAUUUUGAGGACUUCUUGACUUUGUCAUUUACGUGGCUUGGGUAGGAACGUUGUACCGAUCACUUAGCAUGUAUCGCUCAAGAGAGAAUUGACUAGAUUUACAGCCUUUCUUCACUUAUAGAAGCCAAGAUUCAGUGACAGAAGACACAUUUCUUAACUGGCUUGCUCUGAGAACUGAUGCCUGAACCACCUCAGCAUGGCCAGUAGAAGAGGAGGUGGGCAAAGCCAGCCUCCUUCAGUGUCGCCUUCCCCGGGUAGCUCUGAAAGUCUUUCUACAGAUAGGACCUGCACCCAUAAUAUAUGCAUGGUGUCUGACUUUUUCUACCCAAACAUGGGAGGUGUGGAAAGCCACAUUUACCAGCUCUCUCAGUGCCUCAUUGAGAGGGGCCACAAGGUCAUAACUGUCACCCAUGCUUAUGGAAAUCGAAAGGGCAUCCGUUACCUCACCAAUGGCCUCAAAGUUUACUAUUUGCCUCUGAGAGUCAUGUACAACCAAUCUACAGCCACGACUCUCUUUCACAGUCUGCCAUUGCUCAGGUACAUAUUCGUUCGGGAGAGAAUUACGAUAAUCCAUUCCCACAGUUCUUUCUCUGCCAUGGCCCAUGAUGCUCUCUUCCACGCCAAGACAAUGGGGCUUCAGACAGUCUUCACAGACCAUUCCCUUUUUGGAUUUGCUGAUGUCAGCUCGGUGCUUACAAACAAGCUUCUAACUGUGUCUCUUUGUGACACAAACCACAUCAUUUGUGUCUCUUACACUAGUAAGGAGAACACUGUACUCAGAGCAGCACUGAAUCCUGAAAUAGUGUCCGUCAUUCCUAACGCUGUAGAUCCUACUGACUUCACUCCAGAACCAUUUAGGAGGCAUGAUAGUGUAAUAACUGUUGUUGUUGUCAGCAGACUUGUUUACAGAAAAGGGACUGAUUUGCUUAGUGGUAUAAUACCUGAACUCUGUCAGAAAUACCAAGAAUUACAUUUCCUAAUUGGAGGAGAGGGACCAAAGAGAAUCAUUUUGGAAGAAGUACGGGAAAGAUACCAACUACAUGACAGGGUGCAACUUUUGGGAGCUUUAGAACACAAGGAUGUUAGAAAUGUCUUAGUUCAAGGACAUAUUUUUCUUAACACCUCCCUCACUGAAGCAUUCUGCAUGGCAAUCGUGGAAGCCGCCAGUUGUGGUUUGCAGGUCGUCAGCACAAAGGUUGGUGGGAUUCCCGAAGUCCUUCCAGAAAGUCUUAUUAUUUUAUGUGAGCCUUCAGUAAAAUCUUUAUGUGAAGGUCUGGAAAAAGCCAUUUCCCAAGUGAAGUCGGGGACAUUGCCAGCUCCAGAAAAUAUCCACAAUGUAGUGAAGACUUUCUACACCUGGCGGAAUGUGGCAGAGAGAACUGAAAAAGUGUAUGAGCGUGUGUCGAAGGAAACCGUGUUGCCAAUGCACAAAAGAUUGGACAGGCUCAUCUCUCAUUGUGGCCCAGUGACAGGCUACAUUUUUGCUUUGCUGGCUGUGCUCAGCUAUCUCUUCCUCAUUUUCCUGCAAUGGAUGACUCCAGACUCUAUCAUUGAUGUUGCAAUAGAUGCUACUGGGCCAAGGAGAGCCUGGACUCAUCAAUGGCCUCGUGAUAAGAAAAGAGAUGAGAAUGAUAAGGUAUCCCAAAGCAGGUAGAAGCAAGCCCAAGUUAACAAGUCCUAUCAGAUACUUGCAAUAGUCUUGUUAGCAUUUGAAAAUAAUUUUGCUCGUUUGUUUUUUGGGUUUUAGAGUUGGUUUUGUAAAUUAUGCUACCUCCGUAUCAUUCAUAUUUGUUUUUGAAAAAAGAUAAACACUUAUGCAAUUCCUGAGUGUGGGAACUCCUUGCACUUCUUUAAAAUUGAAGGGAUAAUGGUUUAGCCACUCAGGUAGGACAUUUUUCAGAUUACUGAGAUCCCUCUAGCAGAGAUGUUUUAACACUACAUUUUGGGAGCCUUGGGUGCUGAAAGGCCAAAUGUUUCUGGAUCUUUUUUGGCCAGUUUUUAACGUUAUACCAUUAAUUCACAUUUACCAGAUGUUUACAAGCUUUCUUUAGGGAGGUACAACAGUUAUGGGAACUGUUUGAAGCCAAGGUCAUGUAUCCUUUUCUGGACAUGGAAGUCAUGUUCCUAGACACUUACUGGGUCCAAUAAAGUGAUACAUGUAGUCUGUUUUCUUGAGCAAGACCAUCUAUUGGUUGCCAGAAUGUUUGAACACCUGCUAUGUAUGAAAGUUACCUAGAUGGUUCCUGAGACUAAGGACUAGUUAACAAGAAGUGGUAAAACAGCCAACAUGCCAAAAUACUCAAGCUACUGAAUGACAGGAAAUCAUCAAUGGCAUACACCAAGUACCUCUCUGAACCUGUUUUAUGUAUAUGCAUUAUCUUAGGAAGAGCCCUUGUCUUUCUCCCUUUCCUCCUUCUUCCUCCCUCUCCCUCUUCCCCUCCCCCUCCCUCCCUCCCUCCCUCCCUGUCUCCUUCUCUCUUUUUCUCUCUGUGUCUCUCUGUCUCUGUGUGUGUGUGUGUGUGUGUGUGUGUGUGUCUGUCUGUCUGUCUGUCUGUCUGUCUGUCUGUCUGUCUGUGUAAAGGGCUCUUGUCCUUGUGAAGAGAUGUUACUUUUUACGUUCUAUGGAUUGACCGAUACCACUGUUGAUGCUCCUGCUGGCCAACCUUCUGCUUUUGUAGUGCACUGUUUAGUCCCCCAUAAAUGCCUUUAUGGUUUCUAAGCAGAGCAGAAGAGGUGUGCCAUCUCAAAACCAGCUGCUAUUCUUGUCCUCUAUGGAAGUCCCUUCCUGUCACUUGGUCUAGCUGAUCUCUGAUAAGUAUUGCCAGUGUAUGGAAAGGCUUUUCUCCAGGAUGGUUUAUUUAUAGCAUAUUAAUUCUGAAAAUUAUCAGAGCUUGCAGGCUCUUUGUGGGUGGAAUUUCUCAAUCGUAAUUACUGUUAUCCAGAGCCAUGGGUUUUUAAAUCCCAAAUUAUAUGUGAUAUGUAUUAUUAAUCCUUUGAACUCUUUCGCAUGGGUUUGUUUGGGAAAGGACUAAAGUAAAAGCACUGAGGCCCUUGUGGGUGUUCGAUUCUCUCAGUAUUGUGAUUCUGUACAGGAUUUUCUAACGACAUUUGCAAAACUUUUUGAAGAGUAUCUUAACAUGCCUAUUACUUGGUUGCCACUGGUAAAAAAGAGAUAUAUUUGUGUUUGGUUUCUAUGGAAACACAAAUGGUAGAGAGUAAUUUUUAAAAUAGAGAAGUUAGGGCUUCUUUUAUUGGAGAAAAAUGACCUUGUCCAAACGGUUCAGUCUUAUUUGAAUCUUUAUGCGCUGAGACAGGCGUACAGAUAACAGUGCCAAUAUCCACGGUAGACUGAGGCAUGUGUAACACUUGGUUGUAUUAUUCUACACUAUUAUUUCUUCUUUUAUGUUUGCUUCUAGUGUUUAUCAAAAUCAUAAAUAAAUAUUUCAAUUGUUGUUUAUUUAAGAUGAAAGAAUUGAAAAUUAAUUUGCUCUUGUGGGUAAAUAUGUAAUUUAUGAAUUAAAAUUGUUUUCCAUUUUUGAACAAGUAAAAAUAAAGUUUGUCUGACAGAAACCAUUUUCAGGCUUCGUGGAUACCUU